AUGCGAUCACGUUCUCCAAGCUUGGUUCAAAUGACGAUGGUUGUGAUUCUUUUGGGAUUGUUGUUUGCGGAUGAAGUUAUGUCCAGUCCUUUUAUAUUUAGCCCGGGAUUUUGUCAACUGAACCCGCAGAACUGCAAAAAGAGAAACGCUGAGAUUCCAGGGAAGGUACGUGUCCUACAUAUUGUUAAAAAAGUAACAUACCAAGUCGCCAUGUCGGAAAAAUAGCUUAACUGUGAUGAACACAAUACAACUAGUUGGUUAUCUUAUUCUAGAAAAAUCAUCUUUCACCCAUCCUUAGAAAAACACCUGCUUAAUUACCGUGCUAAAGUGUACAACCAGGAGUUGAAUUAGAGGUUCCACCUUCGUUUUUUUCCAGGGGUGAGAGAAAAUACGCCCCACCACACACCCCCAUCUCCAAUACCCUUAAUGUCCAAUUUGUGCAAUAACAAUUUUAGCUCUUUGUUUAUUUAUUGAGGCACAUUUGGGCAAAGUUUAGCCCAGCACUCAUCUCCUGCUGUCUUGCGUCAAAGCAAUUCAUAAAUUAACCAUAUUUGUUUUAAGGGAUAUUGUUAUAGCGGGGUUACCUUAAUCGGUCGGGUACCAGCCUUUAAAGCGGAAGGCCCGGGUUCGAUUCCCGGUCGGAGACGGAGACAUACACCCCGGUGGUACGGGGCACCUUUCAUGGAUUGGGAGUGUGAUUAA